ACCAGCCGGAGUGUGGGCUGCCGGGUGGGAACCAAAUUGUCCUGGGCCCUAAAAAGGAGGCAAGACCCAGCAGCCCCUGAUCUACCAUCAGUGCCCCCAGCUUGGGCGCUGCCUUGAGCCCCUGUAAAGACAGAUCCCUACCUCCACCACCGCCAUGGACCACUCCUUCAGCGGCGCGCCCCGCUUCCUGACGAGGCCCAAGGCUUUCGUGGUGUCAGUGGGCAAAGACGCCACGUUGAGCUGCCAGAUAGUGGGCAACCCCACCCCACACGUAAGCUGGGAGAAAGACAGGCAGCCAGUGGAGGCAGGCGCGCGCUUCCGACUGGCUCAGGAUGGCGACGUGUACCGUCUCACCAUCUUGGACUUGGCUCUGGGAGACAGCGGGCAGUACGUGUGUCGCGCGCGGAACGCCAUCGGUGAGGCUUUCGCGGCUGUGGGGCUGCAGGUGGACGCGGAGGCGGCGUGUGCUGAGCAGGCGCCUCACUUUCUGCUGCGACCCACCUCCAUUCGUGUGCGCGAAGGUGCCGACGCCACCUUUCGCUGUUGCGUGCGGGGUUCGCCCGCGCCGGCCGUGACCUGGUCCAAAGACGGGCGCCGCUUGGGCGCCCCCGACGCCCCCCGAGUUCGCGUGGAGGAGCUAGGCGAGGCCAGUGCGCUGCGCAUUCGAUCAGCUCGGCCGCGCGACGGUGGGACCUACGAGGUGCGAGCAGAGAACCGGCUGGGUGAAGCCAGCGCUGCCGCCGCCCUAGUGGUGGACCCCGAUGCAGAUGCUGCCAGUCCCCCCGGGGCCUCUACAGCCGCGCUCCUGGCCCACCUGCAGCAGCGGCGCGAGGCCAUGCGCGCCGAGGGCGUCCCGCCGUCCCCGCCCGGCGCCGGCACGCGCACCUGCACGGUAACGGAGGGCAAGCACGCGCGCCUCAGCUGCUAUGUGACCGGAGAGCCCAAGCCCGAGACCGUGUGGAAGAAGGACGGGCAGCUUGUGACCGAGGGCCGGCGACACGUGGUGUACGAGGACGCUCAAGAGAACUUCGUGCUUAAGAUCUUGUUCUGCAAGCAAUCCGACCGCGGCCUGUACACCUGCACAGCAUCCAACCUGGUGGGCCAGACCUACAGCUCCGUGCUGGUUGUCGUGCGAGAGCCCCCAGUGCCCUUCAAGAAACGACUGCAGGACCUGGAGGUGCGGGAGAAAGAGUCUGCCACGUUCCAGUGCGAGGUGGCGCAGCCGGCCACAGAGGCUGCGUGGUUCAAGGAGGAGACGCGGCUGUGGGCGAGCGCUAAGUACGGCAUCGAGGAGGAGGGCACUGAGCGCCGGCUGACCGUGCACAACGUCUCCGCCGACGACGACGCCGUGUACAUCUGUGAGACCACCGAGGGCAGCCGCACCGUGGCCGAGCUCGCGGUCCAAGGGAACUUGACCCGAAAGCUACCUCGGAAGACAGCAGUGCGUGUUGGAGACACAGCCGUGUUUUGGGUGGAACUGGAAGUCCCACAAGGUCCUGUCCGUUGGCUUCGAAACCAAGAAGAGAUGGUGGCUGGGGGCCGUGUGGCCAUUACUGCAGAGGGCACUUGCCACACACUGACCAUCUUCCAGUGCAGCUUGGACGAUGUUGGUGAGGUAGCCUUUGUGGCUGGAGACUGCCGAACAUCUACCCAGUUCUGUGUGUCUGCCCCCAGAAGGCCACCCUUGUAUCCCCCUGCUGACCCUGUGGUGAAGGUCAGGGCGGAGAGUUCUGUGACCCUCAGCUGGUCCCCACCACCCCAUGGGGAACUCCCUGUUACCAUCAAUGGUUACGUGGUGGAAAAAAGGAGGCUUGGUGCUUACGCCUGGAGUCGAUGCCAUGAGGCUGAAUCGGUAGCUCUGUUGGAGUUUACUGUCACUGGUGUGACUGAAGAGGGGGACUUCCAGUUUCGAGUGUCAGCCAUCAACAACUUUGGCCAGAGUCCCUACCUCGAGUUUCCAGGGACCAUUCACCUGGUCCCCCAGCUGGCUGUGAGGACGCCUCUGAAGGCGCUGGAAGCAGUGGAGGGGGGUGAGGUCACCUUCUCUGUGGACCUCACGGUGGCCUCUUCUGGUGAGUGGUUCCUGGAUGGGAAGGUCCUGAAGGCCAGCAGCGUGUAUGUGAUCUGCCAUGACCGCACCAGGCACACACUAACCAUUCGAGAGGUGCCUGCCAGCCUGCAUGGGGCGCAACUGAAGUUUGUGGCUGAUGGCAUUGAAAGCAGCAUCCGAAUGGAGGUCCGAGCUGCCCCAGGACUGACCACAAACAAGCCACCCACCUCAGCUGCCCAGGAGGUGCUAGCCCGGCUGCAUGAGGAGGCACAGCUGCUGGCUGAGCUAUCAGACCAGGCGGCAGCUGUGACCUGGUUGAAAGAUGGUCGUGUGCUGCCUCUAGGCCCCAAGUAUGAGGUACAGGCAUCAGCUGGGCAACGGGCACUGUUGGUACAUGAUGUGGUACAAGAUGAUGCUGGCCUCUAUGAGUGCAUUAGCCAAGGAAGCCAUAUUGCCUAUCAGUUGUUGGUUCAAGAGUCUAAGGUUGUGUUUGCCAGGGAGCAGCAGGCAAAAAGUGAAGUGAAGGCAGAGGCUGGGGCCAGUGCCCUACUGAGCUGCGAGGUGGCCCAGGCACAGACAGAGGUGACCUGGUACAAGGAUGGGAAGAAGCUGAGCUCCAGCUCGAAGUUGCACAUGGAGGCUUCGGGCUGCACGAGGAGGCUGGUGGUGCAGCAGGCAAGCAAGGCAGAUUCUGGGGAGUACAGCUGUGAGGCCGGUGGCCAGAAAGUCUCCUUCCAUCUGGAUGUUGCAGGACUUAAGGUGGUAUUUGCCAAGGAGCAACUGGCACAAUGUGAGGUGAAGGCAGAGGCAGGGGCCAGUGCCACACUGAGCUGUGAGGUGGCCCAGGCUCAGACAGAGGUAACCUGGUACAAGGAUGGGAAGAAGCUGAGCUCCAGCUCGAAGGUACGCGUGGAGGCGUCAGGCUGCAUGAGGAGGCUGGUGGUGCAGCAGGCAGGCAAGGCAGAUGCUGGGGAGUACAGCUGCGAGGCUGGGGGCCAGAAAGUCUUUUUCCAUCUGGAUGUCACAGAGCCUAAGGUGAUAUUUGUGAAGCAACAGCCAGUGCGCAGUGAGGUGAAAGCGGAGGCUGGGGCCAGUGCCACACUGAGCUGCGAGGUGGCCCAGGCACACACAGAGGUGACCUGGUACAAGGAUGGGAAGAAGCUGAGCUCCAGCUCUAAGGUGCGUGUGGAGGCGUCAGGCUGCACGAGGAGGCUGGUGGUGCAGCAGGCAGGCAAGGCGGAUGCUGGGGAGUACAGCUGCGAGGCCAGUGGCCAGAAGGUCUCCUUCCACCUGGAUGUCACAGAGCCCAAGGCUGUGUUUGCCAAGGAUCAGCAGGCAAAAAAUAAGGUGAAGGCUGAGGCUGGGGCCAGUGCCACACUGAGCUGCGAGGUGGCCCAGGCACACACAGAGGUGGCCUGGUACAAGGAUGGGAAGAAGCUGAGCUCCAGCUCGAAGGUGCAUGUGGAGGCGUCAGGCUGCACGAGGAGGCUGGUGGUGCAGCAGGCAGGCAAAGUGGAUGCUGGGGAGUACAGCUGCGAGGCCAGGGGCCAGAAAAUCUUUUUCAGCUUGGAUAUUGAAGAGCCCAAACUGGUGUUUGCCAAAGAGCAGCCUGCACACAGUGAGGUGAAGACUGAGGCAGGGGCCAGUGCCACGCUGAGCUGCAAGGUGGCCCAGGCACACACAGAGGUGACCUGGUACAAGGAUGCGAAGAAGCUGAGUUCCAGCUCCAAGGUGUGCAUGGAGGCAUCGGGCUGCACGAGGAGGCUGGUGGUACGGCAGGCAGGCAAGGCAGAUGCUGGGGAGUACAGCUGUGAGGCCAGGAGCCAGACGGUCUCCUUCCACCUGGAUGUCACAGAGCCUAAGGUAGUGUUCGCCAAGCAGCAGGUGGCACACAAUGAGGUGAAAGCCGAGGCUGGGGCCAGUGCCACACUGAGCUGUGAGGUGGCCCAGGCUCAGACAGAGGUGACUUGGUACAAGGAUGGGAAGAAGCUGAACUGCAGCUCAAAGGUGCGUGUAGAGGCAUCAGGGUGCACGAGGAGGCUGGUGGUGCAGCAGGCAGGCAAGGCGGAUGCUGGCGAGUACAGCUGCGAGGCUGGGGGCCAGAAUGUCUCCUUCCACCUGGAUGUUGUAGAGCCCAAGGUGGUAUUUGCCAAUGAGCAGCCAGCUCGAAGUGAGGUAAAGACCGAGGCAGGGGCUAGUGCUACACUGAGCUGCAACAUGGCCCAGGCACAGACAGAGGUGACCUGGUACAAGGAUGGGAAGAAGCUGAGCUCCAGCUCGAAGGUGCACGUGGAGGCAUCGGGCUGCACGAGGAGGCUGGUGGUGCAGCAGGCAGGCAAGGCAGAUGCUGGGGAGUACAGCUGCGAGGCCGGGGGCCAGAAGGUCUUUUUCCACCUGGAUGUCACAGAGCCCAAGAUGGUGUUUGCCAAGGAUCAGCAGGCAAAAAGUCAGGUGAAGGCUGAGGCUGGGGCCAGUGCCAUGCUGAGCUGUGAGGUGGCCCAGGCACACACAGAGGUGACCUGGUACAAGGAUGGGAAGAAGCUGAGCUCCAGCUCGAAGGUGCUCGUGGAGGCAUUGGGCUGCACAAGGAGGCUGGUGGUGCAGCAGGCAGGCAAGGCGGAUGCUGGGGAGUACAGCUGCGAGGCCGGGGGCCAGAAGGUCUCCUUCCACCUGGAUGUUGCAGAACCCAAGAUGGUGUUUGCUAAGGAGCAGCAAGCAAAAAGUGAGGUGAAGAUGGAGGCAGGAGCCAGUGCCACACUGAGCUGCGAGGUAGCCCAGGCACAGACAGAGGUGACCUGGUACAAGGAUGGGAAGAAGCUGAGCUCCAGCUCGAAGGUGCACGUGGAGGCAUUGGGCUGCACAAGGAGGCUGGUGGUGCAGCAGGCAGGCAAGGCAGAUGCUGGGGAGUACAGCUGUGAGGCCGGGGGCCAGAAAGUCUCCUUCCAUCUGGAUGUUGCAGAGCCCAAGAUGGUCUUUGCCAAGAAACAGCAGGCAAAAAGCGAGGUGAAAGCUGAGGCUGGGGCCAGUGCCAUACUGAGCUGUGAAGUGGCCCAGGCUCAGACAGAGGUGACUUGGUACAAGGAUGGGAAGAAGCUGAGCUCCAGCUCGAAGAUGCGCGUGGAGGUGUCAGGCUGCACAAGGAGGUUGGUGGUGCAGCAGGCAGGCAAGGCGGAGGCUGGAGAGUACAGCUGUGAGGCCGGGGGCCAGAAGUUCUCCUUCCACCUGGAUGUUGCAGAGCCCAAAGUGGUGUUUGCUAAGGAGCAGCAGGCAAAAAGUGAGGUGAAGGCCGAAGCAGGGGCCAGUGCUACACUGAGCUGCGAGGUGGCACAGGCACACACAGAGGUGACCUGGUACAAGGAUGGGAAGAAGUUGAGCUCCAGUUCGAAGGUGCGUGUGGAAGCAUCAGGCUGCACGAGGAGGCUGGUGGUGCAGCAGGCAGGCAAGGCAGAUGCUGGAGAGUACAGCUGCGAGGCCGAGGGCCAGAAAGUCUUUUUCUGCUUGGAUGUUGCAGAUCCCAAGGUGGUGUUUGCCAAGGAGCAGCAAGCAAAAAGUGAGGUAAAGGCUGAGGCUGGGGCAAGUGCCACACUGAGCUGCGAGCUAGCCCAGGCACACACAGAGGUGACCUGGUACAAGGAUGGGAAGAAGCUGAGCUCCAGCUCGAAGGUGCACGUGGAGGCGUCUGGCUGCACGAGGAGGCUGGUGGUGCAGCAGGCAGGCAAGGCAGAUGCUGGGGAGUACAGCUGUGAGGCCGGGGGCCAGAAAGUCUCCUUCCACCUGGAUGUUCCAGAGCCCAAGGUAGUGUUUGCAAAGGAACAACCAGUACGCAGUGAGGUGAAGACAGAGGCAGGGGCCAGUGCCACGCUGAGCUGCAACAUGGCCCAGGCACAGACAGAGGUGACCUGGUACAAGGACGGGAAGAAGCUGAGCUCCAGUUCGAAGGUGCGCGUGGAAACAUCAGGCUGCACGAGGAGGCUGGUGGUGCAGCAGGCAGGCAAGGCAGAUGCUGGGGAGUACAGCUGCCAGGCUGGGGGCCAGAAAGUCUCCUUCCAUCUGGAUGUCACAGAGCACAAGGCGGUGUUUGCCAAGGAACAACAGUCAAAAAGCAAAGUGAAGGCUGAGGCUGGGGCCAGUGCCAUACUGAGCUGUGAGGUGGCCCAGGCACACACAGAGGUGACCUGGUACAAGGAUGGGAAGAAGCUGAGCUCCAGCUCGAAGGUGCACGUGGAGACGUCGGGCUGCACAAGGAGGCUGGUGGUACAGCAGGCAGGCAAGGCAGAUGCUGGGGAGUACAGCUGUGAGGCUGGGGGCCAGAAGGUCUCCUUCCAUCUAGAUGUCACAGAGCCCAAAGUGGUGUUUGCUAAGGAACAGCCGGCACACAGCAAGGUGAAGGCCAAGGUGGGGGCUGAUGCCAUGCUGAGCUGUGAGGUGGCCCAGGCUCAGACAGAGGUGACCUGGUUCAAGGAUGGGAAGCAGUUGAGCACAAGCUCGAAGGUACUCAUGGAGGCUUCAGGCUGUACACGGCAGCUGGUGGUACAGCAGGCGGGCAAGGCUGAUGCUGGGGAGUACAGCUGUGAGGCCGGGGGCCAGAAGGUCUCCUUUCACCUGGAUGUCACAGAGCCAGAGAUUGAGCCUUCAGUCCCAGAAAGACCCAGCCGCAGGGAGCCUCUGGUGGUCAGGGAACAUGAAGACAUUGUCCUAACUGCGAUACUUGCCUCCUCCUCUGUGGCCGUGGUGACCUGGCUCAAAGAUGGUGUUGAGAUUCGCCGCAGCAAGCGGCAUGAAACCACCAGCCUAGGGGACUCCCACACCUUGGUUGUGCAUGGGGCCCAGAUGCUAGACAGUGCCGUGUAUAGCUGCCGUGUGGGCCUUGAGGUGCAGGACUUCCCUGUGCAGGUGGAAGAGGUCUUGACCAAGUUCUCCAGGCCCCUGGAACCUGUUGCAGGGGAGUUGGGGGGUACAGUGAAGUUGGUCUGCGAGCUGAUCCCAGAGCAGGCGGAGGUGGUGUGGCGCUGUGGGAGCACACAGCUGCGGGCAGGCAAGCGCUUCCAGAUGGCAGCUGAGGGGCCCCUUCGUUCGCUGACUGUGUCAGGCCUACGUGAGGAGGAUGCAGGAGAAUACCUGUGUGAGAGUCGCAAUGACACCACCAGUACACAACUCACUGUUAAUGUUCCCAGAGUAGUCAAGUUCACGUCAGGGCUGAGCACUGUGGUUGCGGAGGAGGGCCGGGAGGCCACCUUCCAGUGCGUGGUGUCUCCCAGCGAUGUGGUGGUCAUUUGGUUUCGGGAUGAUGCCCAGCUACAGCCGAGCGAGAAGUUUCUCAUAUCCCAGAGUGGUGCCAGCCACAGCCUGACCAUCUCAGCUCUGGUGCUGGAGGAUGCUGGCCAGAUCACAGUGGAGGCUGAGGGUAUCUCCUCUUCUGCAGCCCUUCGAGUCAGAGAGGCUCCAGUACUCUUUAAAAAGAAGCUGGAACCACAGACGGUGGAGGAGCGGAGCUCCGUAAUGCUGGAGGUAGAGCUGACACGGCCAUGGCCGGAGGUGAAGUGGACACGGAAUGCUGUGGCCCUGGCACCAAGCGAGAACAUCGAGAUCUAUGCUGAGGGCACUCGGCAUCGCCUGGUGCUGCGCAGUGUGAGCUUUGUGGACAGAGGAUUUUUCGGCUGUGAGACGCCAGAUGACAAGACGCAAGCCAAGCUCAAUGUGGAGAUGCGCCAGGUCCGGCUGGUUAGAGGCUUGCAAGCAGUGGAGGCGAAGGAGCAGGGUACUGCCACCAUGGAGGUAGAAUUGUCACAUGCAGAUGUGGAAGGCAGCUGGACAAAGGAUGGCUUGCGGCUCCAACCUGGGCCCACCUGCCACAUGGCAGUGCAUGGCCCCAUCCACACUCUCAAGCUCUCUGAACUACAGCCACAGGACAGUGGGCUGGUGGCUUUCAGGACUGAGGGUGUCCACACAUCAGUCAGGCUGGUGGUCACUGAGCUGCCUGUGUACUUCAUCCGCCCACUGCAAGAUGUAGUGACCACCCAGAAAGAGAAAGUGACUAUGGAGUGUGAGCUUUCACGUCCCAACGUCAAUGUCUGCUGGCUUAAGGAUGGUGUCGAGCUACGGGCUGGCAAAGCAGUAGGCAUAGUGGCCCAGGGCACCUGCAGAAGUCUCAUUAUUUACCGGUGUGAGGUUGGGGACCAGGGCAUCUAUGUGUGUGAUGCCCAUGAUGCUCAGACUUCUGCAUCCCUGAAAGUGCAAGGGCGCAAUGUCCAGAUUGUGAAGCCCUUGGAGGAUGUGGAGGUGAUGGAGAAGGAGGGUGCCACCUUUUCUUGUGAAGUAUCCCAUGAUGAGGUACCUGGACAGUGGUUCCGAGAGGCCAGCAAGCUGCGGCCUAGUGACAAUGUGCGCAUUCGCCAGGAAGGAAGGAUAUACACUCUUAUCUACCGGAGAGUACUGGCAGAAGAUGCAGGGGAGAUAAAAUUUGUAGCUGAAAAUGCAGAAUCUCGAGCCCAUCUUAGAGUGAAAGAGCUGCCUGUGACCCUCUUGCGCCCACUGCGGGACAAGAUUGCUAUGGAGAAGCACCGUGGUGUACUUGAGUGCCAGGUGUCCCGAGCCAGUGCCCAGGUGCAAUGGUUCAAGGGUGACAUGGAGAUUCAGCCUGGGCCCAAGUAUGAAAUGGUCAGUGAUGGCCUUUACCGGAAGCUGGUUAUCAAUGAUGUGCAGCCUGAGGAUGAGGACACCUAUACCUGUGAUGCCGGUGACAUUAAGACCUGUGCCCAGUUCUUUGUGGAAGAACAAUCCAUCACCAUUGUGCGGGGCCUGCAGGAUGUGACAGUGAUGGAGCCUGCCCCUGCCUGGUUUGAGUGUGAGACUUCCAUCCCCUCUGUGCGACCACCCAAGUGGCUCCUGGGUAAGACGGUGCUUCAGUCAGGAGCAAAUGUGGGGCUGGAGCAAGAAGGCACCGUGCAUCGGCUGACGCUGAGGAAGACCUGCUCUACCAUGACUGGGCCUGUGCACUUCACCAUUGGCAAGUCUCGCUCUUCUGCCCACCUCAUUGUUUCAGACAUCCCAGUGGUGCUGACUCGGCCACUGGAACCCAAGACAGCACGUGAGCAGCAGUCAGUGGUCCUGUCCUGUGACUUCAAGCCAGCCCCCAAGGCUGUGCAGUGGUACAAGGAGGCCAUGCCUCUGGCCCCAUCAGACAAGUUCAAGAUGACAUUGGAGGGCCAGAUGGCAGAGCUGCGCAUCCUCCGACUCACUCCAGCUGAUGCUGGCAUCUACCAGUGCCAGGCAGGCAAUGCCCAGAGCAGCACUGAGGUUACUGUGGAAGCUCGGGAGGUAAAGGUGACACAGCCACUGCAGGAUGCUGAAGCCACAGAGGAGAGCCGGGUCUGCUUCUCAUGUGAGCUGUCCCAUGAGGAUGAGGACAUCGAGUGGUCACUCAAUGGGACACCCCUGUACAAUGAUAGCUACCAUGAGAUCAGCCAUGAAGGCCGUCAUCAUACACUGGUGCUGAAAAGUGUCCGGCAGGCUGAUGCAGGUGUGGUGCGUGCCACCUCUCCCAAGGUGUCAGCUUCUGCCUGCCUGGUAGUCAGAGCAAAGCCAGUGGUGUUUCUGAAAGCCCUGGAUGAUACAUCUGUGGAGGAACGUGGCACGCUGACCCUGCAAUGUGAGGUUUCAGACUACAAAGCCCAUGUGGUUUGGCGCAAAGAUGGUGUGCAGCUGGGUCCUAGUGACAAGUAUGACUUCCUGAACACAGCUGGCAUGCGGGGCCUUGUGGUGCACGACCUGAGCCAUGAGGAUGCUGGCCUGUAUACCUGCCAUCUGGGCAGUGAGGAGACCUGUGCCCGGGUCAGCGUGCAUGAUCUGCAUGUGGGCAUUACCAAGAGGCUGAAGACAGUGGAAGUGCUGGAGGGAGAGAGCUGCAGCUUCGAGUGUGUUUUAUCUCACGAGAGUUCGGGUGACUCAGCUGUGUGGACUGUUGGUGGGAAGACAGUGGGCAGCUCUGGCCACUUCCGGACCACGUGCCAAGGCCGCAAAUACACCCUGACUGUCCUAGAUGCUGCACUCAGUGAUGCUGGGGAGGUGGUCUUCUCCAUACAAAACCUCACCUCCAAAGCUUCACUCAUUGUCAGAGAGAGACCAGUGGACAUCACAAAGCCCCUGGAAGACCAACGGGCCACAUUGGGGGAAGAUGUGAUGCUGAGCUGUGAACUGUCAAGGGCAGGAACCUCUAUUCGCUGGCUGAAAGAUGGAAAGGCCAUCCGCAAGAGUCAAAAGUAUGACAUGAUCAUCGAAGGCGUGCGGGCUGUGCUAGUCAUCCGAGGGUCUACACUCAAGGACUCUGGCAAGUACACAUGUGAGACAGAAGCUUCCAGGAGCACCGCCAGCCUCCAUGUGGAAGAAAAGGUCAAUCAGUUUACCGAGUUGCUGGUUGACCUGAAGGCAGAGGAAAAAGGCACAGCUGUGUUCACAUGCAAGACAGAAUACCCAGCAUCUGCUGUGAACUGGCGCAAGGGCCUCAUGGAGCUGAGGGCCUCCAAAAAACACAUACUCAGCCAGGAGGGCUUGACUCUGAGGCUCACUAUCAAUGUCCUGGAAAAGGCAGACAGCGACACCUACACCUGUGACAUUGGCCAGGCCCAGACCCAGGCCCGGCUCCUGGUGCACAGCCAGAGAAUACUCAUCACUGAGGACCUGGAGGACAUAGAUGUGCAAGAGGGCUCCUCUGCCACUUUCCGCUGCCGCCUUUCCCCUGCUGACUAUGGACCUGUGCACUGGUUCCUGGACAAGACCCCACUGCAUGCCAAUGAGCUCAAUGAGAUUGAGGUCCAGUCUGGGGGUUACCAUGUGCUCACGUUGCGGCAGCUGGCACUCAAGGACUCCGGUACCAUCUACUUCGAGGCGGGUGACCAGAGGACCUCAGCCACCCUGCGAGUCACUGAAAAACCAAGCAUCUUCUCCCGGCCACUCACGGAUGUCACAGUUACAGAAGGCGAGGACCUUACCCUUACCUGCGAGACUACUACUCUGGAUAGUCCGGUGCGCUGGACCAAGGAUGGAAAGACAGUGCGGUCAUCUGCACGGUGCCAAAUGAGUUAUGAAGGCUGCCGGGCCCAGCUGGUCAUCACUGGCACCACCCUGCAAGAUGGUGGGCGAUACAAAUGUGAGGCCAGCGGGGCCUGGAGCAGCUCCAUUGUCAGGAUCCAUGCACGGCCAGUACACUUCCGGGAGGCCCUGAAGGACAUGGAGGUGCCUGAGGGUGGGGCUGCCACGCUGCGCUGUAUGCUGUCAUCUGUGGCUGCACCUGUGGAGUGGCGCCAUGGAGAUGAUGUGUUGAGAUCUGGUGGAAAGUACAGCCUGCGCCAAGAGGGGGUGAUGCUAGAGUUGGUUGUCCGAGACCUGCAGCCCAAGGACAGUGGGCAGUAUUCAUGCUCCUUUGGGGACCAGGUGACUUCAGCCACACUCACCAUAAAGGCCCUACCUGCCCAGUUCCUAGGAAAACUGAGAAACAAGGAGGCCAUGGAAGGGACCACAGCCACUCUGCGGUGUGAACUGAACAAAGAGGUCCUGGUGGAGUGGAGAAAGGGAACAGAGACUCUUCGAGAUGGGGACAGAUACAGUCUGAGGCAGGAUGGGACUAUGUGUGAGCUUCAGAUCCAUAGCCUGGCUGAAACAGAUGCUGGGGAGUACUCGUGCGUGUGUGGGCAGGAGAAGACCUCAGCCACACUGACCGUCAGGGCCCUGCCUGCCCACUUCAUUGGAAGACUGAGAAGCAAAGAGGUCACAGAAGGAGAUACAGCAACGUUUCACUGUGAGCUGAGCAAGGCAGCCCCGGUGGAGUGGAGAAAGGGGACAGAGACACUGAGAAAUAGGGACAGACACAGCCUUAGGCAGGAUGGGGCUUUAUGUGAGCUGCAGAUCCGUGGCCUGGCUGUGGCAGAUGCUGGGGAGUACUCCUGUGUAUGUGGAAAGGAGAGGACUUCUGCCAUGCUGACCGUCAAGGCCUUGCCUGCCAGAUUCAUAGAAGACUUGAAAAGCCAAGAUACCAUCGAAGGUGCCACCGUCAUGCUUAGGUGUGAACUGACCAAGGAGGCUCCUGUGAAGUGGAAGAAGGGGUCUGAAACCCUUAGAGAUGGGGAAAGAUACAGCUUGAAGCAGGAUGGAGCCGUGUGUGAGCUGCAGAUCUGUGGCCUGGCCAUGACAGAUGCUGGGGAGUACUCUUGCAUGGCUGGGCAGGAGAGGACCUCAGCCAUACUGACUGUCCAGGCAUUGCCCACCAAAUUCACAAAGGGUCUGAAGAAUGAGGAGGUCACAGAAGGGGCUAGAGCCACACUUCAGUGUGUGCUGAACAAAGAAGCCCCAGUGGAGUGGAAGAAGGGAACAAAGACCCUGAGAGAUGGGGAAAGAUACAGCCUGAGGCAAGAUGGGACUGUGUGUGAGCUGGAGAUCCAGAGUCUGGCCAUGACAGAUGCUGGGGAAUACUCCUGUAUGUGUGGGCAGGAAAAGACCUCAGCCACGCUGACCAUCAGGGCCCUGCCUGCCAAAUUCAUAGAAGACUUAAGAAGCCAAGAGGCCACAGAAGGGGCCACAGCCACACUGUGCUGUGUAUUGAGCAAGGCAGCCCCUGUGGAGUGGAGGAAGGGGUCUGAGACCCUGAGAGAUGGGGAAAGGCUCACCCUGAGGCAAGAUGGAGCUGUGUGUGAGCUGCAGAUCUGUGGCCUGGCUGUGGAAGAUGCUGGAGAGUAUUCCUGCUUGUGUGGACAGGAGAAGACUUCAGCCAAGUUGACCAUCAGGGCCCCACAGGUGGUGUUCCAGGAACCACUGCAGAGCCUGCAGGUGGAAGAGGGUUCAAAAACCAGGCUGAGGUGCAAGCUGUCGACACCUAAUACUGCUGUGGUCUGGAGCAAGGGUGGCCUGGAGCUGCAGGCCGAUGAUCGCCGGGAGCCACGGCAGCAGGGAUGUGUUGUGGAGUUGGUACUGAGGGAUGUGCGCCGCGAGGAUGCCGGCGAAUACAGCUGUACCUGUGGCUCCCAGGCCACAAGCGCCACACUCACAGUCACAGCUGCACCUGUUAGGUUCCUCCAGGAGCUGCAGGCCCAGGAGGUGGAUGAGGGGACCACAGCACACCUGUAUUGCGAGCUGAGCCAGGCGGGCGGGAGUGUGGAAUGGCGCAAGGGAUCCCUGCAGCUCUUCCCAUGUGCCAAGUACCAGAUGGUGCAGGAGGGCAGGGUUGUUGAGCUGCUGGUGUCUGAGGUGGAACAGGAGGAUGCAGGUGACUACACCUGUGACACAGGCCAUGUGCAGAGUACAGCCAGGCUCUUGGUCCUAGCCCCCAAGCCCAAGUUCAAGACUGGCUUGCAGAGUGCAGAGCAGGAGGCAGGUGGCGUGGCCCGGCUGUUUUGCCAGCUGAAUGAGGCCGAGCUGGGGGCAUCAGUGCAGUGGCUCAAGGAGGGCAUGGAGCUUCAUGUUGGCCCCAAGUAUGAGAUGCGGUGCCAAGAGGCCACUUGUGAACUGCUGAUCCAUGGACUGGAAGCAAAAGACACUGGCGAGUAUGCCUGUGUGGUGGGUGGCCAGAAAACCUUGGCCUCCCUCAGAAUCAAAGAGCCUGAGGUGACCAUUGUACGGGGACUGGUCGAUGCAGAGGUGCAGGCCGAUCAAGAUGUGGAGUUCAGCUGUGAGUUAUCACAAGCUGGGGUCAUGGAUGUGCAGUGGCGCCUCCAGGGCCUGCCACUGCAGAGCAAUGAGGUGACAGAGGUGGCUGUUUUGGAUGGCUGCAUCCACACACUCCAGCUGAAGGGUGUGACACCUGAAGAUGCUGGCACUGUCUCCUUCCACGUGGGGAACCACUCAUCCUCUGCUCAGCUCACUGUCCGAGCCCCUGAAGUUACCAUCCUGGAGCCUCUACAGGACCUGCAGCUCAGCGAAGGCCAAGAUGCCCACUUUCGAUGUCGACUGUCCAGAGCCCUAGGCCAGGAUGCCCGCUGGACUUUAGGAGGAGUGCCCUUACAGGCCAAUGAGAUGAACGACAUCACUGUGGAGCAGGGCACACUGCACUUACUUACCCUGCACAAGGUGACCCUUGAGGAUGCAGGAACCAUCACUUUCCAAGUGGGCUCAUGUAGCUCAGAAGCCCAGCUGAAGGUUGCAGAGGCAGCACUAUGCCUGGUACGAGGCUUGCAGAAUGUGGAUGUCUUCGCUGGGGAGAUGGCCACGUUCUCCUGUGAGGUGUCUCGUAUGGUUGGGACAGAGGCCCGCUGGUGGCUGGAUGGCACCCUGCUGCAGGACAGUCCCCAGAGCACCAUAGCUGUGCAUGAAGGGACCCUUCACUCUCUCACCCUCUCGGGCCUAGGGGUGGCCGACUCAGGCACCAUCACCUUCCGCAUGGGGCCCCUGGUCUCCAUGGCCAAGUUGUUGGUCAAAGAUCCCACGGUGGAGGUGGUCAGUGCCAUGCAAGACCUGACAGUGGAGGAGGGUGGCUCAGCCGAGCUCCUCUGCCAAUACUCACGGCCUGUGCAGGCCACAUGGAAGAUGGACGAGCGGGAGGUUCACGCAGAUGGGCACCGAGUCAUCAUAGAGCAGGACUGGACCGUGGCCAGGCUGACCUUCAGGCCAGCCCUGCCCAGUGACAGUGGCAUCUAUUCUUGUGAGGCUGCGGGCACCCGUGUGGUGGCACUGCUCCAAGUGCAAGCCAAGAACACAGUGGUUCGGGGCUUGGAGAAUGUGGACACACUCGAGGGUGGUGAGGCACUGUUUGAGUGCCACUUGUCUAAGCCAGAGGUGGCUGCCCACACCUGGCUGCUGGAUGAUGAACCUGUGCAUACCUCAGAAAAUGUGGAAGUGGUCUACUUUGAGAAUGGCCUGCGACACCUGCUGCUGCUCAAAAACUUGAAGCCACAGGAUAGUUGCCGGGUGACCUUCUUGGCUGGGGACGUGGUCACAUCUGCGUUCCUUACUGUCAGAGGAUGGCGUUUAGAGGUCACAGAGCCCCUGAAAGAUGUAACAGUACGAGCUGGUGCACAGGCCACCUUUACCUGUACGCUCAGUGAGGUGGUGCCUGUGGGGGAGGCAACCUGGUACAUCAAUGAGGCUGUGGUCCAGCAGGACAACACUACCUGGAAAGUCACUGCCGAUGGCAGCCAGCACACCUUACUGCUAUGUAGUGCUCAGCCCCAUCAUGCUGGGGAGGUGACCUUUGCUGCCCGCGAUGCUGUGGUUUCUGCAAGACUUUCUGUGCUGAGCCUCCCUGACCCCCCAGAGGAUGCUGAGGUGGUGGGUCGAAGUGGUCGCUCCGUGACCCUGUCCUGGGUGGCUCCCACAAGUGAUGGUGGUGGCGGUCUAUGUGGCUAUCGGGUAGAGAUGAAGGAGGGUUCAACAGGCCAGUGGUGUUUAUGCCAUGAGCUGGUGCCUGGGCCAGAGUGUGUUGUAGAUGGCCUGGCCCCUGGGGAGACCUAUCGUUUCCGUGUGGCAGCUGUGGGACCAGCAGGUAUUGGGGAGCCUGUGCACCUGCCCCAAAUGGUCAAGUUGGCAGAACCCACAGAACCUGUACCUCCCCCACCUCCAGCUCCUGAGAGGCGUCAGGUGGUGGCUGGUGAAGAUGUCUGUCUCGAGUUAGAGGUAGCAACUGAAGCUGGUGAGGUUGUCUGGUACAAGGGGACAGAGCGCAUCCAGCCCAGUGGGCACUUCGAGGUCCUCUCUCAGGGUCGGCGGCAGACACUAGUGAUCAAGGGAUUUAAACCAGAAGACCAGGGCGAGUACUGCUGUGGCCCUGCCCAGGGCUCAGUCUCCACCAAGGUUUCCACAUUCCAGGUGGUGCUAACCCCAGGCUCUGGAGAUGAGGGCCCUAUGCAGCCUAGCCUGCCCCCUGAGGCAGCCCAGGAGGGUGACCUGCACCUGCUAUGGGAGGCCCUGGCCCGGAAGCGUCGCAUGAGCCGUGAGCCCACCCUGGACUCCAUCAGUGAGCUGCCUGAGGAAGAUAGCCGUGUGCAGCACCUGCGGCAGGAGGUGGAGGAAAUGGCUCCUGACCUAUCUGAGGGCUAUUCCACAGCUGAUGAGCUGGCACGCACUGGAGAGGCUGACCUGUCACAUACCAGUUCUGAUGAUGAGUCCCGAUCAGGCACCCCUUCCCUAGUUACCUACCUCAAGAAAGCUGGAAAGCCUGGGGCAUCACCUCUAGCCAGCAAGAUUGGGGCUCCAGCAGUUCCCUCUAUGAAGCCACAGAAACAUCAGGAGCAAGCAGCCACAGUGAACCUACCGGAGGGAGACUUGAGGGCUGAGGACCUGAGUGACCCCUCCAUGGACAAGGCCGCUGUGAAGAUCCAAGCUGCAUUUAAGGGCUACAAGGUCCGAAAGGAGAUGAAGCAGCAGGAAGGGCCUGUGUUCUCCCGCACAUUUGGGGACACUGAGGCACAGGUGGGGGAUGCCCUGCGGCUGGAAUGUGUGGUGACCAGUAAGGCAGAUGUGCGGGCCUGCUGGCUGAAAGAUGGCAUGGAGCUCACUGAUGGGCGACACCACCAUAUUGAUCAGCUUGGGGAUGGCACCUGCUCUCUGCUGGUCACUGGUCUGGGCCCUGCAGAUACUGGCCGCUACACCUGUAAGGUGAGCAACAAGUUUGGCCAUGUGAGUCACAGUGCCUGUGUGGUAGUCAGCGGGACAGAGAGUGAAGCAGAGAGCUCCUCGGGGGGUGAGCUGGACGAUGCCUUCCGCCGAGCUGCCAGGCGCCUGCACCGGCUCUUCCGCACCAAGGGCCCAUCAGAGGUGUCAGAUGAGGAGCUCUUCCUCAGUGCAGAUGAGGGCACUGCAGAACCAGAGGAGCCUGCGGACUGGCAGACAUACCAUGAAGAUGAACAUUUCAUCUGCAUCCAUUUUGAGGUGCUCACUGAAGCCCGCUGGGCAGUUACCCGCUUCCAGGAGAUGUUUGCAACUAUGGGCAUUGGAGUAGAAAUUGGCCUUGUGGAGCAAGGGCCCAGGGGGGUCGAGAUGCGAAUCAGCAAAGUAGCCUCUCUGCCUGCCCCUGCAGUGCCUCUGGAGCCUGUGCCCAAACUGCUGGCUUCUGAUGCUGCCCCAGUGUUCCUGACCCAGCUACAGAACCAAGAGGUACAGGAUGGCUACCCUGUGAGCUUCGACUGUGUGGUCACUGGCCAGCCUGUGCCUAGUGUGCGCUGGUUCAAGGAUGGGAAAUUGCUGGAGGAGGAUGACCACUACAUGAUCAACGAGGACCAGCAGGGUGGCCACCAGCUCAUCAUCACAGCUGUGGUGCCCACAGACAUGGGUGUCUACCGCUGCCUGGCUGAGAACAGUGUGGGUGUCUCCUCUACCAAGGCUGAGCUCCGUGUGGACUUGACAAGCACAGACUAUGACACUGCAGCGGAUGCCACAGAGACCUCAUCGUACUUCAGUGCCCAGGGAUACCUGUCCAGCCGGGAACAAGAGGGAACUGAGUCGGAUGAGGGGCAGCUCCCUCAGGUGAUAGAGGAGCUGAAAGACCUCCAGGUGGCUCCUGGCACACGCCUGGCCAAGUUCCAACUCAAAGUGAAAGGCUACCCAGCCCCAAGACUAUACUGGUUCAAAGAUGGCCAGCCCCUCACUACAUCUGCCCACAUCCACAUGACUGACAAGAAGUCCUUGCAUAUGCUGGAGAUCAUCUCAGUUACUCGGGAGGAUGCUGGCCAAUACUCAGCUUACAUCAGCAAUGCUGUAGGUGCAGCCUACUCAUCUGCCCAGCUGCUGGUCCAAGGCCCUGAUGAGCCAGAAGAGAAAUCAGCAUCAGAUGCACAUGAACAAUUGGUGCCACCCCGGAUCCUGGAACGGUUCACUCCCAAGAAAGUGAAGAGGGGUUCUAGUAUCACAUUUUCAGUGAAGGUAGAAGGCCACCCAGCUCCAACUGUUCACUGGCUCAAAGAAGAGACUGAGAGAGGUGUGCUGUGGAUUGGCCCCAACACACCAGGUUACACCAUGGCCAGUUCUUCCCAGCAGCAUAGCCUGGUCCUGUUAGAUGUGGGCCGACAGCACCAGGGCACCUACACAUGCAUUGCUUCCAAUGCUGCUGGCCAAGCACUCUGCUCUGCCAAUCUGCAUGUCUCAGGCUUGCCCAAGGAAGAGGAGCACGAAAAAGUGAAGGAAGCUCUCAUUUCCACUUUCCUGCAGGGGACAACACAUGCGAUCUCGACCCAGAUGACAGAGUCCGCAGGUUUUACUGAGCUUGCUGGGCAGAAAAAAGGAGCCGAAGCAGCUAAGGAGGCCCGGAGUCACUUGUCGCUUGCUGAGGUGGGCACAGAGGAGUUCCUACAGAAACUGACUUCCCAGAUUACAGAAAUGGUGUCCGCCAAAAUCACACAGGCCAAGCUCCAGGUGCCUGGAGGCGAUAGUGAUGAGGAGUCCAAGACACCAUCAGCUUCCCCACGGCAUGGCCGAUCAAGGCCUUCCUCCAGUGUCCAAGAGUCUUCUUCAGAGUCAGAGGAUGGAGACUCCCGUGGUGAGAUCUUUGAUAUCUACGUGGUCACAGCUGACUACCUGCCCCUGGGGGCUGAGCAGGAUGCCAUCACACUUCGAGAAGGCCAGUAUGUAGAGGUCCUAGACUCAGCCCAUCCACUUCGCUGGCUUGUGCGCACUAAGCCCACCAAAUCCAGCCCCUCAAGGCAGGGCUGGGUGUCACCUGCCUACCUGGACAAGAGGCUCAAGCUGUCACCUGAAUGGGGGCCCACUGAAGCCCCUGAAUUCCCCGGAGAAGCUGUGUCUGAAGAUGAAUACAAGACUAGGCUAAGCUCUGUCAUCCAGGAGUUGCUGAGUUCAGAGCAGGCCUUUGUUGGUGAACUACAGUUUCUGCAGAGUCAUCACAUGCAGCACUUGGACCGAAGUCCAUGUGUGCCUGCUGCCGUGGCCAGCCAGAAGGCAGUCAUCUUCAGAAAUGUGCAGGACAUUAGCCAUUUCCACAGCAGCUUCCUACAGGAACUGAAGCAUUGUGACACAGAUGAUGAUGUGGCCAUGUGCUUCAUCAAGAAUCAAGAGGCCUUUGAGAAGUACCUUGAGUUCCUUGUGGGCCGUGUGCAAGCUGAGUCUGUGGUUGUCAGCACACCAGUCCAGGAGUUCUACAAGAAAUACACAGAGGAGACUCUGUCAGCCAAGGACCCCUCGCAGCCACCCCCACCCCCACUUCAGCACUAUCUGGAGCAACCAGUAGAGCGGGUACAGAAAUACCAGGCCCUGCUGAAGGAACUGAUCCGAAACAAGGCCCGGAACAGGCAGAACUGCGCUUUGCUGGAGCAGGCCUAUGCAGUGGUGUCAGCGCUGCCCCAGCGUGCUGAGAACAAGCUGCAUGUGUCACUCAUGGAGAACUACCCUGGCACCCUAGAAGCCCUGGGAGAGCCCAUCCGCCAGGGCCACUUCAUCGUGUGGGAGGGGGCACCAGGGGCUCGGAUGCCCUGGAAGGGCCACAACCGCCAUGUCUUCCUCUUUCGCAACCACCUGGUGAUCUGCAAACCCCGGCGAGACUCUCGUACUGACUCCUUCAGCUAUGUGUUCCGGAAUAUGAUGAAGCUGAGCAGCAUCGACGUGAAUGACCAAGUGGAGGGGGAUGACCGUGCUUUUGAGGUAUGGCAUGAGCGAGAGGACUCUGUGCGCAAAUACCUGCUGCAAGCACGGACGGUCAUCAUCAAAAAUUCAUGGGUGAAGGAGAUCUCUGGCAUCCAGCAGCGCCUGGCCCUGCCAGUGUGGCGUUCUCCAGAUUUUGAAGAGGAACUGGCUGAUUGCACAGCUGAGCUGGGUGAGACAGUCAAGUUGGCCUGCCGUGUGACUGGCACACCUAAGCCUGUCAUCAGCUGGUAUAAAGAUGGGAAGCCAGUAGAGGUAGACCCUCACCACAUCCUCAUUGAAGACCCUGAUGGCUCAUGUGCCCUCAUCUUGGAUAACUUGACGGGCGUGGAUUCUGGCCAGUACAUGUGCUUUGCGGCCAGUGCUGCAGGCAAUGCCAGUACUCUGGGAAAGAUCCUGGUGCAAGUUCCCCCACGGUUUGUUAACAAGGUCCGGGCCUCUCCCUUUGUGGAGGGAGAAGAUGCACAGAUCACUUGCACUGUUGAAGGUGCCCCAUACCCUCAGAUCAGGUGGUAUAAGGAUGGGGCCCUGCUGACCACUGGCAGCAAGUACCGGAUGCUGAGUGAGCCCCACAGUGGUGUGCUGGUGUUGGUGAUCCGGACAGCCACCAAGGAGGACCUGGGGCACUAUGAGUGUGAGCUGGUGAAUCGGCUAGGCUCAACACGUGGUGGUGGAGAGCUAUACAUGCAGAGCCCUGCUCUGAGGGCCCAAGACCAGCCCCAUUGGGAACAGCUCAUGGCUGCUAUGGAAGAUACCACCAUGGAGGAGUCUGUCCACCCUGCCCUGGAUGGAGCAGACCAGAAAGCCCUAUCUGUCCUUCAGAAACUGCUGGGCCCUGAGCUUCUGGGCUCCUCAGCAGAAGACCUUGCUGGCACCAGUUCAAGAGGGACAACAGCACUCCAGAAAGCCACACCCCUGCCUCCAGGCAUGGCAACCUCAGCUGAAACUGCUGAAACACAAAAGGUUCCACAGUUCCUCUCCUGUGAAGACUUGGAGCAGGAGACAGUGACCCCUGCUGGAACCCAGGAGCAGACUGUGCCCAUUCGGGUGGAGGGCACAGCCUGGCCCAGUGCAAGUACAGGGCAACUGCUUUGGGACAUGCACAGCCACGUGGUGAUGGAGACCACACAAAGGACAUACUUGUACAAGGCCAUGGAUGCUAGUGCUGCAAGUCCCCCAUCCAUGCAGGUCACAAUUGAGGAUGUGCAGGUAAAGGCAGGUGACACUGCACAGUUUGAGGCUGUUAUUGAGGGCAACCCACAGCCCAUGGUGACCUGGUACAAGGACAGUGUCCAGCUGGUAGACAGCACCCGGCUCAGCCAGCAGCAGGAUGGAACCAUGUACUCCCUGGUGCUGAAGGAUGUGUCUCAGCAUGAUGCUGGCAUCUAUACCUGUCUUGCCCAAAAUGCUGGUGGACAGGUGUUCUGCAAGGCAGAGCUUCUGGUUUAUGAGGGGGACAGGAAGCCAGAUUCAGAGAAACAAUGCUACCGAAGGAAGCUGCACUCCUUCUACGAGGUUAAAGAAGAGAUUGGGAGGGGCGUAUUUGGCUUUGUGAAAAGAGUACAACACAAAGGAAACAAGAUGUUCUGUGCUGCCAAGUUCAUCCCCCUGCGGAGCAAAACUAGGGCCCAGGUGUACCAAGAGCGAGACAUCCUGGCCACACUCAGCCACCCCCUGAUUACUGGACUGUUGGACCAGUUCGAGACCCGGAAGACCCUUGUUCUCAUUUUGGAAUUGUGCUCAUCCGAGGAGCUGCUGGACCGCCUGUUCAAGAAGGGUGUGGUGACAGAAGCUGAGGUCAAAGUCUAUAUCCAGCAGCUGGUGGAGGGUCUACACUAUCUGCACAGCAAUGAUGUCCUCCAUCUGGACAUAAAGCCCCCUAACAUCCUGAUGGUGCACCCUGCUCGGGAAGACAUUAAGAUCUGUGACUUUGGCUUUGCCCAAAAAAUCACUCCUUCAGAGCCACAGUACAGCAAGUAUGGCUCUCCUGAGUUUGUGUCCCCUGAGAUCAUCGAACAGAGCCCUGUGAGCCCAGGUUCUGAUAUCUGGGCCAUGGGGGUCAUCUCCUAUCUCAGCCUGACCUGCUCAUCCCCAUUUGCUGGUGAAAGUGACCGUGCCACCCUCUUGAACGUUCUGGAGGGGCGACUAUCUUGGAAUAGCCCUGUUGCUACCCACCUGAGUGAAGAUGCUAAGGACUUCAUUAAGGCCACACUGCAGAGGGCUCCAGGGGCCCGGCCCAGUGCCUCCCAGUGCCUCACCCACUCCUGGUUCCUGAAGUCCAUGCCUGCUGAGGAGGCCCACUUCAUUAACACUAAGCAGCUCAAGUUCCUUUUGGCACGAAGUCGGUGGCAGCGCUCCUUGAUGAGCUACAAGUCCAUCCUGGUGAUGCGCUCCAUUCCUGAGCUGUUCCAGGGCCCACCUGACAGCCCGUCCUUGGGAGUGGCCCGACACCUGCGCAGGGAGUCCAGCGGCUCCUCCAGCUCCACUUCUUCUUCGGACAAUGAGCUUGCCCCAUUUGCCAGAGCCAAGUCGCUGCCACCCUCCCCAGUAUCCCACUCUCCACUCCUACACCCUCGGGGCUUCCUGAGGCCCUCAUCCAGCCUGCCAGAGGAGGCUGAGGCCUGCACAGCCAUGGAAUCUGCAAGCCGGCCUGCAUCACCCCAGGGAGCAGGACCACCAGCAUCCCCCAGCUCUGUGCCUAGGCACAGUGUCAUCAGAAGCCUGUUCUACCAGCAGGCAGGGGAAGGAUCAGAGCGUGGGAGUCUAUCCCCCAGGGUCAGGAGGCAUCAGGCAAGGCGGAGGCACCUGCUGAAAGGAGGGUACAUUGCAAAGGCCCUGCCUGGCUUGCGUGAGCCACUGAUGGAGCACCAAGUGUUAGAGGAAGAGGCUGCCCAGGAGGAAGAGACCACGUUAUUGACCAAGACACCCUCCUUUGAGACUGCCCUGCGGUUGCCCAGCUCUAGUACCCGAGAGACCCCUGGCCGCAGCCGCUCCCUGGAUCACCACCCACCAAGCUCCACCAGCCUCCUUUUAGAGGCCUGUUGUGAGGGACAGUGUCCACCUUCAGCACCCUCAGGGGCCUCUGCCAGGGGUAGGGGCCAACCUGAGGAGGCAGGGCCCCCAUUCCUGUCUGUUAGUGGUGACUUAGGACCUGCUCAACAAGACAGGUCACCCAAGAACAGCCAACAAGGGAAACUGGCCCCUUUCUGUUAUCCUGAGCCAGGUGCUGCCCCACAGGAUGGCUGUGUUUCCCCUUCAACACAACCACCUGGAUGUGUCUCUCCAGGGUCAUUCAAGGGGACAGCCUCCACACCCUGCAGAAACUUCCCCUCAGGAGAGCCUCAGAUAACCCCCACUUUAGUCAAAGAAAGCCCCCUACCAGGCUCUAAGGAGGGGCCUGAGAACAUCUCUCUACCUGGGAGGCCCUGGCCAAUCCCCUCUAGUUCCCUAGGACCAGCCUCCAAGGUGAGCCCAAAGCCCAGACCAUCCCUGGCCACUGAGAGCUUGUCACAGGAGACCAGAGAUACACCAGACUCUCCACCCCGACUGCAGAGGCCUCAGGAGCAAGCGACUACUCGGAAGUUUUCACUGGAGUCCCGAGGGGGCUAUGCAGGGGUAGCAGGAUAUGGCACCUUUGCUUUUGGGGGGGAUGCAGGGGGCCUGUUGGGCCAGGGUCCCCUGUGGGCCAGGAUGGCCUGGGAUGUGUCCCAGUCCUCAGAAGAGCAAGAUGAGGUUGGGGUUGACAGCUCCCAAACCCAGGUCAGCUUAGAACCUGUGCUGGAGGCCAGUGGGGUUCCCCUGAGGACCCCUCCUGAGCUGACCUCAUGGGAAGAAAUUAGACAGGUCUCCUUGGUGCAAAUCCGGGACCUGUCCGGUGAUGCAGAGGCAGCUGACACCAUAUCCCUGGACAUUUCUGAGGUGGAUCCUGCCUACCUCAACCUCUCUGAUCUGUAUGACAUUAAAUACCUCCCAUUUGAGUUCAUGAUCUUCAGGAGGAUCCCAAAGCCUUCUGAACAGCUGGAGCCACCCUCCCCCGAGGCUGAGGGGGAGGAGAGGCUGGCUGAGUUCCCAGAGGCUUUGUGGCCCUGGCCCAGUGAGUUGGGACUGGAAAUCACAGAGGAGCCAGAGGACCUGGAGGCUCUUCUAGGGGAGGCCGCUAUGGGCAGGAAGCGCAAGUGGUCCCCCUCCCGCAGCCUCUUCCAGUUUCCUCGGAGGUACCUGCCAUCAGAGAGGGAGCCUGUAGAGCUCGGGCUGCGCCAGCGGGUGAAGGCUUCCAUGGCUCACAUUUCCCGGAUCCUCAAGGGCAAACCAGAAGGUCCUGAGAAGGAGGAACCUCCCAGGAAGAAGACAGGCCUAGCUUCCUUCCGGCUGUCUGGCCUGAAGGGCAGGGACCAAGCACCAUCUUUCCUAAGGGAGCUCUCUGAUGAAACUGUGGUCCUGGGCCAGUCAGUGACUCUAGCCUGCCAGGUGUUGGCCCAGCCAGCUGCCCAGGCCACCUGGAGCAAAGAUGGAGCCCUCCUGGAAAGCAGUGGCCGUCUCCUCAUUUCAUCCACCCUGAAGAACUUCCAGCUGCUGACCAUCUUGGUGGUGACUGCUGAGGAUCUAGGCCUGUACACAUGCAGUGUGAGCAACCCACUGGGGACAGUGGCCACUACUGGUGUCCUCCGGAAGGCAGAGCGCCCCUCAGCCUCGCCACGUCCAGACAUUGGGGAAGUGUAUGUGGACAGGGUGUUGCUUGUCUGGAAGCCCGUAGAAUCCGUCGGCCCUGUGACCUACAUUGUGCAGUGCUGCAUAGAAGGUGGCAGUUGGACCACCCUGGCUUCAGACAUCUCUGACUGCUGCUAUCUUACUAGCAAGCUAUCCCGAGGUGGCAUGUAUGCGUUCCGGACAGCAUGUGUCAGCAAGGCAGGAAUGGGACCUUAUAGCAGCCCCUCGGAACAGGUCCUCCUGGGAGGGCCCAGAUACCUAGCUUCUGAGGAGGAGAGUGGCCGGGGUCAGCCAGUCCAGCCCCUCCCCAGCACAAAGACCUUCGCCUUCCAGAUGCAAAUCAGGAGGGGUCGCUUCAGUGUGGUGCGGCAGUGUCGGGAGAAGGCGAGUGGGCGAGCACUGGCUGCUAAAAUUGUCCCCUACUGGCCUGAAGACAAAACUGCAGUGCUUCGGGAAUAUGAGGCUCUCAAGAGACUGCGUCACCCACAUCUGGCCCAGCUUCAUGCUGCCUACCUCAGCCCCCGGCACCUGGUGCUCAUCCUGGAGCUGUGCUCUGGGCCUGAGCUGCUUCCCUGCCUGGCUGAGAGGUCCUCCUACUCAGAGUCUGAAGUGAAGGAUUACCUGUGGCAAAUGCUGAGCGCCACCCAGUACCUACAUUCCCAGAAUAUUCUGCAUCUGGACCUCCGGUCUGAGAAUAUGAUGGUUACUGAGUACAACCUGCUCAAGGUUGUAGACCUGGGAAAUGCGCAGAGCCUCAACCAGGAGAAAGUGCUGCCCCUGGAGAACUUCAAGGAUUACCUGGAGACCAUGGCUCCGGAGCUCCUGGAAGGCCAGGGGGCUGUUCCACAGACAGACAUCUGGGCGAUCGGUGUGACUGCCUUCAUCAUGUUGAGUGCUGAGUAUCCCGUGAGUGAGGGGACGCGAGACCUGCAGAAAGGCUUGCGAAAGGGGCUCAUCCGGUUGAGCCGCUGCUACGCUGGACUCUCUGGGGGCGCCGUGUCCUUCCUGAGCAAUGCCUUGUGUGCAAGACCUUGGGGAAGGCCCAGCGCCUCCAGCUGCCUGCAGUGUCCCUGGCUGACCGAAGAAGGCCCGGCGGGCUCCCCGCCGGCGCCGGUGACCUUCCCCACCGCGCGCCUACGCACCUUCGUGCGGGAGCGGGAAAAGCGGCGAGCAUUGCUGUACAAGAGGCACAACCUGGCCCAAGUGCGCUGAAGGCAGGUCGUGCACAGGGAGAUGUGUGCAUGACAGAUGGCCCGCACCCCUCCCACUCCCCAGUGAAUGCACACAAGCCAAUUAAAAAUGCAAAACCAGCCAAA